GGCGGGGGGGAGGAUGAGUGGUUGGUUGGUUGGGUUGGUUAUAAUGUUGGGUGAGGAGUGAGUGAGUGAUUGUUGGUCGUCCACAGCGAACGCUUCAACGGCUUAUUUCCCGGCCAAAGCCAACACCAACAAAAGAAUUAAGAUGCUUUAUUGGAGGGGAUAAACGGAGAUUACAGCAAGAAUUCGGAUUUCUUUUUCAUGAUUAUAAUCAGGUCUUCUGAGAAGAUCUGAGAAUAAAAAAAAAAGAGGAGGAGGAGGAGGAGGAGGAGGUAGUAAACAUUGUUGAGAUUGUGUUCGAAAACGGCUGAGGGGUGACAAAAUGAGUGCGUCCAGGUUCAUUAAAUGCGUUACGGUUGGGGAUGGUGCCGUCGGCAAGACUUGUCUCUUGAUUUCUUACACCAGCAAUACCUUUCCCACGGACUAUGUCCCAACUGUUUUUGACAAUUUCAGCGCAAAUGUGGUUGUUAAUGGGAGUACUGUUAACUUAGGACUGUGGGAUACUGCUGGACAGGAGGAUUAUAAUAGAUUGAGACCUCUGAGUUAUCGUGGAGCAGAUGUUUUCAUCUUGGCUUUUUCUCUCAUUAGUAAGGCCAGCUAUGAAAAUGUCUCUAAGAAGUGGAUUCCUGAGUUGAAGCAUUAUGCCCCUGGUGUCCCAAUAGUUCUUGUUGGAACUAAACUUGAUCUUCGGGAUGAUAAGCAAUUCUUCAUUGACCAUCCUGGUGCAGUGCCAAUAACUACAGCACAAGGAGAGGAGCUAAGAAAAAUGAUUGGAGCACCUGCCUACAUUGAAUGUAGUUCUAAGACACAGCAGAAUGUGAAAUCAGUUUUUGAUGCUGCAAUUAAAGUUGUGCUCCAGCCGCCAAAGCAAAAGAAGAAGAAGGGAAAGGCCCAAAAGGCUUGCUCCAUAUUGUGAUGGACAUUACCCACUCCUUCUCCUUGUAUCGCCCGUGUCUCUUUCGCUUUGCCUUUGUCUCAGAGGAAGUAGGGAGGUCCUUCUACGUCUCCAGUGAAAGUCUAUUGAUCUAUCUGUGGAAGUUUCAAGUGGCUCGGCUUUUUUGUAAUUUGCAGUGAUCUCUGACUUUUUGAGUCACUACUUUGUAGGCCACUGCUUUGUGCCCUCCUUGUUUUGGUUUGCUUUUAUGUUUUAACAACCUGAAGAUCCAGUUAGGAAAACAAAUUUGUUUCGCCUCACUGUUGUCAUCUUUGUUAUUUUCAUUUUUCUAUAUGAAAAUCUAGAUUUGUUUGAUUUUCUUAUGAAAUUUAGAGGAUCUAAA